UUACGUAAAGGGAACACGGGAGGCGAGUCAACAAACCUCAUUGUAGCCAAAAACACCCUUAUUUCUCCUUACAUCCUGACCUCACCUACCCCUCCAAGUGACCUCAGACUGACCUUAACCUCGCACAUCCGCAGAUAAAGGCCAAAAGAGUGGAACUUCAAGGAGCGCUGAGAAAUAAUAGAAAAAAGGAUUAAUUUCUAGUUUUGUUUUGGUUAACGUAAUUGUUUGUUUGUUUGUUUGUGAGUGAGGGACGAUGUUUGCUGCCUCCACCACGCUCCUCCACAACCAGGUGGUGCUCCCCCUGUCCUGCAUUGUGUCCCAGUACUCUUCAGGGGUGCGUGGGACCUCUACCCCUUCUGCCGUCCCACGACCUGCUGCUGCUGCUGCUGCCACUGCCACCUCUACCACCUCCAGUAUCAAUGCCAGCCCCAAUACCACCAACACCACCAACACCACCACCACCACCACCCAUCCACUGCUUGAGGUGCUGCAGCGUCUAGGGGACGGUGGCACUAACCUGGAAGAAGCAGCGCGUCUGGUCACUCCGGCACUCCUUCACCAGCUGGCACUGCUUGGCACCACCACCACCACCACCACCACCACCACCACCUGCAGUUACAGGAACACCAACUUUUUAGAGAAAUUAUUGAAGUUCCCACAGCCUGAGCUGUGGCUCACACUCCUUGCCCUCCAGCCUGACCUGCUCACACUCCCUGCCCUCCAGCCUGAGCUGUGGCUCACACUUCCUGCCCUCCAGCCUGACCUGUGGCUCAUGAGCAGCCAUGACCCCAAACCCAAGCAAACACUGUGGCAUGAAUCACACGUUUCGGCAAAUACAUUUCUCGAGAAUAAACACAGCACCAGUGCUACCACCACCACCACCGCCACCUCCCCCAUGGUGUAUUCCACCCUGAGACCGCUGGUGAGGGCUGCCCGGCGGAUGUUGCUGUCAUCACCUCUCCUCUUGGCCCCUGAAUUGACACAGGUUCGAGGGUUCAAGACACAGCAGUCCAUUGAGAGAGAGGCGCUGCGGCAGGCCAGCUUCACGGACCGCCUCAAGACUGGCCUGAGGUCCCGCCAGCGCACCACCUCUCAACGCACUCUGCAGCAGGAGGCCGAGACCAACCCAAAGCUCAAAGGCCUUCUGACAGAGAAUACCACAGAGGAGAGCCAUCGUGCCAUAAAGGUUGCGUUCGCCGAGGGUUACCUGGCAGCUGACCCUCAAAAACACCAGUCAAGAGCUAUGAGAUGGAUUAGGAAUUUUCAGCAAGUUUUAGCCAUUGUUGUGUUCAUCGCUAUCCUCUUUUCUCUUAUGGGUGGCAUGGGUGGAUCAAUGUUCAGAAUGCACGUAGGGAAUGGCAAUGAGGUUCACCCGGAAGAGAUCACCGUGUCCUUCGAAGAUGUGAAGGGGGUCGAUGAAGCAAAACAAGAACUUCAGGAAAUCGUUGAGUUUCUUCGUAACCCUGAGAAGUUCACCUCCCUGGGGGCUGAGUUGCCUAAGGGGGUGUUACUGGUGGGACCCCCUGGCACUGGGAAGACUCUGCUGGCCCGGGCUGUGGCAGGGGAGGCAGGGGUCCCUUUCUUCCACGCUGCAGGGCCGGAAUUUGAUGAGAUUCUGGUCGGCCAAGGGGCAAGAAGGGUCGAGAUCUUUUCAGUGAGAGCGGCCAAGAUGCGAGCUCCCUGUGUGAUCUUCAUUGACGAAAUUGACUCAGUGGGCGCCAAGAGGUCUAACUCAGUGUUGCACCCUUACGCCAACCAGACCAUCAACCAGCUGCUCUCUGAAAUGGACGGUUUCCACAAGAAUGAAGGAGUGAUAGUUCUGGGCGCCACCAACAGGAGGGAUGACCUGGAUAAGGCUUUGUUGAGGCCUGGACGUUUUGAUGUGGAGGUGCAGGUGCCCAUCCCUGACCUGGCAGGGCGGAAGGAGAUCUUUGAGUACUACUUGGGUAAGGUGAAGAUGGGCGAUGAUGUGGACAAGAUUGUGCUGUCCCGCGGCACCACUGGCUUCACAGGUGCGGACAUCAAGAAUGUAACAAACCAGGCAGCACUGAGGGCCGCAGCUGACCAGGUGGAUGCUGUGUCAAUGAAACACCUCGAGGCAGCCAGGGAUAAAGUACUAAUGGGGCCCGAAAGGAAGUCACGCAUCCCUGACGAGGAAGCAAACCUGGUCACAGCUUACCAUGAGGGAGGUCACACACUGGUUGCUUAUUACACCAGGGACUCACAUCCCCUCCACAAGGUCACCAUCAUCCCACGUGGCCCCUCUCUUGGUCAUACUGCCUACAUUCCCGCCAAGGAGCAGUACCACAUGACACGGUCUCAGAUGCUGGCCACGAUGGAUUCUCUGAUGGGAGGUCGUGCUGCCGAGGAACUCAUCUUUGGCUGUGAUUCUGUGACCUCCGGGGCCUCAUCUGACCUUAAGCAAGCCACAAACAUCGCAACGCACAUGGUGAAAGAUUUGGGAAUGAGUGACAAGGUUGGACUGAGAACCUUUGAAGACAACGCUGGGCAACUUAUCAGCACUGGUGAAUCUCUUGGCCAUUCUACGAAGGAAGCCAUUGACAGUGAGAUCAAGAGGCUGCUGCAGGAAUCUUUUGACCGUGCCAAGGCUAUACUGAAAUUGCAUGCCAGGGAACAUAAAGCCCUUGCAGAAGCACUGAUGAAAUAUGAAACUCUAGAUGCUGAUGAUAUUAAGGCCAUUCUUGAUGGUCGCCCUGUUUCAAAGGAUCUAUAGUUCGCCAUGUUUAUAUUUGCAAGAGUGAA